AUGAGCGAGCCGGGAUCUCCAAAAAUCGACGCCGACCGACCGUCCACUUCGCAACAGCCGGGGCCCUCAUCAAGCGGAACCUCAAAAAUGCCCGAGAACGCCGUCGUCGCCCAGGUGCCGGCCGACAGUGCCACCAGACAAGCUGACAUGAUCGACCUGCUCGCCAAGGAGGCGGAAGAGCUGCGGAAGAAGCUCGACCUGGAGAGGCAGAAGCUUAACGAUAUCCCAAUCCAACAAGCUGCCGAACGGCUCGACCCCCUCGGCGGGCUCGGCAUCAAACAGCGCAGAAUUCUGAAGGGCCAUGCCGGGAAAGUGCUAUGUAUGGACUGGAGUACCGACAAGCGCCACAUCGUAUCGUCGAGUCAGGACGGUAAAGUGAUCGUAUGGGACGGCUUCACGACAAACAAGGAGCACGCGCUGACAAUGCCGACGACCUGGGUGAUGGCGUGCGCAUAUUCGCCAAGUAGCCAAAUGAUUGCUUGCGGCGGCCUCGACAACAAAUGCUCCAAGAAGCGCUCUGUCGCGACCCACACCUCCUACAUGUCUUGUUGCACAUUUUUGCGCUCCGACAAUUUGCUAUUGACAGGCUCCGGUGACUCUACAUGCGCGAUCUGGGACGUGGAAAGCGGACAAAUGAUCCAAAACUUUCACGGUCACACCGGCGACGUGUUCGCGCUCGACGUGCCCAAGCAGGACACCGGGAACAUCUUCAUUUCGGCGGGUGCUGACAAGCACACGCUGGUGUGGGACAUCCGUACCGGGCAGUGCGUACAGUCGUUCGAGGGCCAUGAAUCGGACAUUAACACCGUGCGGUUCCAUCCUAAUGGCGAUGCCUUUGCGACCGGAUCUGAUGAUGCUACGUGCCGCAUGUUCGAUUUGCGAGCCGAUCGGCAAGUGUGCGUCUACGAGAAAGAAAGCAUUCUCUUCCCGGUCAAUGGCGUUGAUUUCUCGCUUUCAGGCCGAAUUCUGUUCGCCGGCUAUGGAGAUUAUCGUGUGGGCGUGUGGGACUCGUUGAAGGUUCUGCGUCACUCUGUAUUGUACGGACACGAGAACCGUAUCUCAUGCCUACGCACGUCGCCAGACGGAACGGCAGUGUGCUCAGCUAGCUGGGACUGCACGAUUAGGAUCUGGGCC